CAACCAGAUUCCUGAUGUGAGCCACACAAUAAUAAACAUGUGUACAGGCGGACAGCGACUGCAAUAUUAUUGGAGCGGGAGCGGGAGCUCAGCAACACCAGCACAACGCCCAGAGACCCCAGGGGGCUGGGACUGGGACGGCGGCUUGCAGAUUCCUGCGGAUUCUUAAGUAGGCGCAGUUGUUAAUUAAUCUGGGUUGAAUUGUCAAACGCCAUGAUGGGGGACGGACGAUGCCAACGCGUCGCCGUCAUGGGGGGGCGUCCAGGUGUGCGCUCCCCAGCGAUUCGCUAAUCGCUAGUCCUAUAGGCAGCCGGCAGGCCACAUCUUUUUCUUCCUCCCCAGUCCCCAGUCCCCCAUUCCCAUAUUAAGCAGAGCCGAGGCGAGCACCCCCACCCACCGAGAUGCAAUGCAAUGCAAACAUCCUCCCUCUUCUCCUGCUCCUCACAGACAUCUUAUCCUAGCUCCCGGUCGAAGGCCGUAGGUAGGAUUCCCUUCUAUUCCUCGCCCGCUUCCUCCUCCGGCAGCCGGACCUAGCUAGCUAGCUUUCUUGCCGUUCGCCGCCCAUAUGGCUAGGAAGUGCUCUAGCUGUGGGAACAACGGCCACAACUCCAGGACCUGCGGCGGGCACAGCAGGACCGCGGCGGCCUUCGAGAACAACGGCGGCGGCGUGAGGCUGUUCGGGGUGCAGCUGCACGUGGGGUCCUCGUCGCCCGUAGCCGUAGCCAUGAAGAGGUGCUUCAGCAUGGAGUGCCUGUCGCCGCCGCCGCCGCUGCCGCCGCCGCCCGCCGCGCCGGCGUACUACGCGGCCGCUCUCGCCGCCGCCAACAGCAGCUCGCCGUCGGCGUCGGCGUCGGCGUCCUCGUCCUCGUCGCUCGUCUCGGUGGAGGAGGCACAGGCACCCGAGAAGAUGGCCAGCGGGUACCUCUCCGACGGGCUCGUGGGCAGGGCGCAGGCGGAGAGGAAGAAGGAAGCUUGUUUGAGCUACGUAAAUAAUCUAUCUAAAAAAAAGGUCUUCUUCUCUGGGUUUUCCGACCGGCCAUCACCAGGCGUUCCGUGGACGGAGGACGAGCACCGGCGGUUCCUGGCGGGCCUGGAGAAGCUCGGCAAGGGCGACUGGAGAGGCAUCUCCCGGCACUUCGUCACGACGCGGACGCCGACGCAGGUGGCCAGCCACGCCCAGAAGUACUUCCUCCGGCAGAGCAGCCUGGCGCACAAGAAGCGCAGGUCCAGCCUCUUCGACGUGGUGGAGAACGCAGCUGAGAGGGCGACGACGACGAGCUCCAGGGAGCGCCCGAGGCUCACGGUCACGGAUGCGAUAAUCGCGACCGCCUCUGCUGCAGCACCCGGAACAACGACGGCAGCACUCCCGGCCCUGUCGCUCGGCAUCCGACGGCCAGCGAGGCCUGAGUACCACGCCGCGCUGCCUCCGAACAGCCUGUCCCUGCAGCUGCCGCGGUGCUCGGCGGCAAUGGGUAGCGCGUCGCCGUCGCCGAGCCUGGCGCUGGCGCUGGCGGGGCCGAAACACAAGCACCCUUCGCCUUCGUCCCUGACGGCGGCAAAGGCUAGUAGUAGUGGCCAGGCACCGGACCUGGAGCUGAAGAUCUCGACCGGCCGGCAGAGCGAGCACCAGGUCCAGACGGGCUCGCCGCCGAGGACGCCCUUUCUGGGCACCAUCAGGGUCACGUAACCGGAAAGACGGCGGCGGCGGUUAGUCGGGAAUGACCUGCUGGUAAAAGAAGAGCUUGGCCGGGGUGGGAAAACUGAAAAGGAGGAGCUUUUGGCAGUGGUGUUGGUGUGUGUGUGUUGCUGCCCCUGCCAGUGGCAGCCGAGACGACGAUGCGGUCGUUUAUCACGUGGGUGUGGUGUUGUACAUCAUCCAUCAGAAAGAUGGAAACUUUACUUUAGUGGCCUAAUUAGAACUCUAUAAACUUUACUGUCCUAAUUUAGCAUUCGUUUGUUUCUUGCAAAUAAAGAACGCCGUUGCCAUUCGCUA